AUGCCACCUCAUCUGAAAACUUAUAGUCCUUCGUCUACUACUGUUCAAUUUACAGUCUCGAAUGCCGCCCCAAGGUCGACAAUUGCCUCGAAGAUCAUUUUCUACGUUGGGAUUAUUAUCCGAAUUGUAAUAUUUGCAUUGGUUAUUUUGGUUGAUACCGCCACAUGCCGCAAUCACAUACCCGACAGUUGGACCACUAUUCCAUGGGACACAAUAUGGACGAGUAGUAUAGGCCUGAUUGCGUGCAAUACUGCAGAUGCCUAUAUGUGGCAAGGCAUUGCUGCUUGCAGCGCCUUAUUGCUAUACUUUGUUGCUAGAAAAGGCUAUACUGAUGAAUCCUUGCUUGUCAUUCGAGGCCUGGGAGUACAGACAUCGACGUCUUCUGCGACUUACUUCCCCAGUGCGACAACUAGAUUUAUCCCAACAACUCAAAUCCAGGAUAUUGUGAUCCAUGAAGCGUUCAGGGGGUUUGAAGUGCGAUACUACCUAGCUAUCAUUGUCGAUGGAGAGUCCGACGUUGUUGUUGUGUUCCCUAACUUGUUACCGAAGCGUAUGAUCGUCGAGGAAGUGUGGAAAGGUGCUCGAAAAUGCCUUUACGAAUCUUCCUCGUAA